CGUGGGGUCACAAGUAGCGGAGAUAAUGUUAGAGAACUGGGAAGUACUGCAUCUUCGGGUUCCAUUCGUCGGGAUGAAGAUUCGAAGCUUGAGUCUGUGCCCGUUGCAGCAGAUCAUUCCUCGUCGUCUGAAAAGAGCAGCACUAGUGUUAGCAGUGGCUCUGAUGCCGAUAGUGAAAACAAAAAAGGAAUUUCGUCGAUGACGGCAUCAGCUGGUGGUAACGCUGGAGCACUAGCGUUGGUUAAGCAGAUGUUCGCUUGUAAUGCAGGCUGCAAACAAACGGCGCAAGUCGAGGGGGGACAGACUACACUUUACGAAGACUCGUCUGCUGCGAAAAGCAGUGGCCUUGGAUGGGCUUGCGCGAAAGCGGCGACACACAACUGGCAUGCUCAGACGCAUGUAAAAUCGAAAAUAGGCAACUUCCUUAUCACCGUCGUGCCGCCAAGGCAAGCAGCAGCAGGGCAGCGAAGUGUGCUACGGCGCGGCCAACAAGAAGAAGAAUUAGCAGGAAAGGACGGUGAAAUCGUGCAUGACAAGGGAGGUAGGUUACUGGAAGAUGUUGAGCAGCAGGCUCGGCGAUUUCUGCUGGAGUCAUCAGGCGUAGCGAGUGGCGAUAGGGUCAUCGACGCACUGUAUUCGAUUGAUGAAGGUGGUUCAUCAGGCCUAACUUCUACGAAUGUAUUUGAAUCAUCUGGUACGGUAAUUGGUGGAAGUCGACAUGUUUUUAGAAGUGGUGGCAGCAGCAGCAGUUCAACAGAUAUUGACACAACUAGCACCGCAUCACGAGAGGGCAGCAUUGUUGAAUCGUCGUCCGACAUGAAAAGUGGCAGCAUUGCUGACUUACCAAAAGUGGUGCAGAUUUCGGAGGCUAAGCCGGUCCUCGGGAAGUACUGGGUGUCAUGGCUAGGGGAUUACGGAGCGAAACUCGGUGCGAAGUGGUUGGAUCUCGGGCAUCUAGCUGGAACAUCAUGGAAAAGAAAGCACGAGAGAACUUUGCAAAACCAUACGACAUCACGACCUGACAACGAAAAUAGUGAAGAAACUCGAACUGCUGACACAGCUGCUAGCCCAACUAGGGGUGAAACCAGUACUAGAAGUUCUUCCACCGCUCCUUCUACAACGACAACGACCAGCGUCGAAGAUCGUUCUGUGUCAAGAACAUCGCUAACGCAGGAGGACGGAGCUAAAGCGAGCGAGAGUAAAGCGGAAAAGGGCAUUGAUAGGCGUCGUCGUGAGGAAGAUACUGAAGAUAGAAAUUCCAAGAAGGUGGAGACGAACAUUGUUGCACUCGCAUCCCGAAGAAGCAGUGCCGCAGCUCCGACUUCAACAUCAACUAGUAAUAAGGGCAGUGAUCCGGCAGAAAAGGUCGUCGUGACGAAAUCAUCUUCCGAGACAUACACGUGUAUAAUCGACCUGGAGGCUCGUGCGCUCGUAGGACAAUUUGAGCGGCUCGGUGGUUUAGUGCACUCCUUUGUCGACCCGAAGACGGGCAAACUCGUAGUCAUACUACGGAGUUCAGACCGUAUCAACGUCGUCACUUACCUUCGGCGCGAGCGCCGAGGCCUUCCGGCAAACAGCAAAGCUACCCGCACUUCGUCUGAAACUUCGGUGGUGCCAGAAGGUGGGAAACCCGUCGAAGGCUGGAAAAUUCAUGCUCCUCAGUCAUCUUCUUCCUCCACCUCGAGUAGAAGUACGUUACAAGACACAGAAGCAGAACAAGCAGAUGAAAACUUGUCGAGAACAGGAGCUAACUUUGCUCCUACUAGAAAUCUAGCCACGACGUCGACGUCUGCAUGGAAGUUCGAGUAUCUGUUUUUCUUCCGGACUACACAUCCAACUCUGGCCUUGCUCAGGAACUCUCUCACUGCAGGUUAUGUCGUUUUUGUGAGUGCACAGCGCGUUGGGAUGGUAAUCAAUCUGAGCGACGGCAGUGUAGCUGAAGAUAGGUUUCUUCCCUGGACCUUCAUGUCUCAAGACCUUGCGCACGUCCGCCGCCGAAUUCCUGAACGAUAUGUGCGGAGCGACGCGAGCCCAGCCCUAAGAAACCCCUGUCCAGAGUGUUGCGGCUUUUGACGUGUAGACUUCAUAAGCAAGCACCACGCAUAUCGACACUCUUGUAUAUUUUUCUUCAUAUUUGAGUGGACAUAGAGGAAUAAGCACUGUCGUAGAAUAGCGCGCGCCUGGCUGCGUGUUCGUACAAGGGGACUGCUGUGUCGGGUUCAAAAUGUGCUCUGACUCGUAUUGGCACUUGGAUGAUCCAAUCCUCGCUCAGCAUCUUCUACGCGGGAGCGGGUGUCGUUCUCAAAAAUAUAGCAAACUGGUG